AUGGUGGACCCAAUUAACAGAAGGAGCAGCCUUCAAUCAUUCGGAUCAAGGCAAUCACCUGGUCCAAGGCUCAUCGUGGAGGCAAAGGCUGGAAACUCAAAGACUCCCUCAUCAGAUCAGGCGUCCGAAACCGAUGGAUCGAGCCGAACGCAGGAAAGCCAAGGCACUGCAUCAACUACAACCAAGCACACUUCUAUAAUUUGUGAUAAACCGAAAUCCCAACUUCCAUCCACCUCUGCCAUAAAGCAUAUUUGCGAUUCUGAAAAUUUAGUCCAAGAAGACCAUAAACCGGAUGAGGAAAAGGCUAGUGAGCAGUUCUAUGCCAAUUACCUAUUCAAACUCCUCGAAGUAAUGCGAAGAAGUUAUGAAAGUCAACCAAGUUUUCCCAUCUCCAACACACAACCUUCUGUAAUGAGUGGAGAUUUAGCAUUCCAACCUCCAGGUAGGAGCCUUAGUCCCAAUUACACUUCUAAGAAAGAGAGUGGACCUCCAAUCUCCGAGGAGUACCUUCAAGCAUAUAAUUACUUUAUGUUUAUAUUAUGGCAAGGGAUGCACCGAAACCCUGAUUCUGAAAAUACAUCCCCACAAAGUCAUCAUUCCAGUGGAACUUCAGUCGAUCAGCUACACUCAGAUGCUAAUUUAACUAGAUCGGAGGACAGGUCUAAACUCCGACAACAAACGCGGGGGCAAUGUGGCACUCGACCGACACAACCGAGAAUGAGUAAGCAGCCUUCUGCUACCUAUCAAAGCCUGGAAUUUGGGUGCGACAACUCUGCAACCCAAUAUAGUCCUGCAGAUGAGGCCUCGAAACACCACGAAGAGUCUGAUUCUCGGAGGGAAAGUGGGCGUCGAAGCCGAACAGUCUUCACUAUGCGACAACUCAGUUUCCUAGAGCGUGUAUUCCAGGAGAAUAGGUUUCCAAAUAUUGACACAAGAUGUAGGUUGGCACAACUACUUGAUCUCGACGAAUCUCGAGUUAAUGCAUUAUUGUGCAUGCAAACUGUUGAAUUCUAUUAUGAACCAAAGAUGGCAAUGUCAUCAGAUCCCGAGGGAUUUGGAUGGAUUGCACUCUUACAUCCAAUGGAAAUGCUUCAAUGGCACAGGUUGUCCAAGCGUGAGCACACUUGA